CUUUGGAAGGCGCCACGAUGGCGGACUGAGAAGUUUUCAAUAUUUGUUUGUACAGCAAAUAUGGGAACAAAUAUCUCCAAGGUGUGUCUUUUACAAAGCCCGCGAAAGGAAAGUUAAGUUUGGAGCGGCGGAUUAUUACCUGAAGUGAAGAUUGAAGACUUGCUCGAAGAUGGACGACUACUGCUAUGCUAAGAUGGCGACGUCAUGGAAAAGAGAAAGAGAACAUUCCAGCAAAUCACCAACGGGGAAAAAGAUGAGAACUGAAGACAAAAAUGAGCGAGUUGAAGUUUCCAACAACGUCAUUCUGGAGACUAUCGUAAGCCGCGAAAAGAGCGUGGAUGAGAAAUUAGCCGACUAUGUUGAAGAACGUAAACAAAGGACCGCCAUGAUUGUUCGCUUGAAGAAGGCAGUGGAGUUCACAUCAGAGGAGAUGAAAGAAUGCAAAAGUCAAAUGAAGAAAGUGGAAGAGCAAAACAAGCGCUUGUGUAAAGGAAAUAAUGAUGUGAAAGAAGAGAUGUUGGGGAAGAGUAAGAGAUGUGAAGAGAAGACUGGACCACAUGUCUACAUCAACGUGCAGAGGAUUGGAGACGUCCAGCAGCUAAAUGGUCCUUCAGAAGAACUUCCUCCUCGGUCGCAGGGGGGGAGAGCCACUCUGAAACAGGAGGAUCCACAGCCCCCCUACAUUAAAGAGGAAGAGGAGGACCUAUGGAUCACUGAGGAGGAAGAGUGUCUUCUAAAGCAGGAGGAGGCUGAUCUCACCAACUUGCCACUGACUGUUGUCUCUGUGAAGACUGAAGAUGACGAGGAAAAAACACCUACUUUUCCUCGGUUGUGUCCUGCGGACGUCCGGCAGCUCAAAGAACGUCCUCCUCGGCAGCAGGCGGAGAGCUCCACUUUGAAACAGGAGGAUCCACAGCCCCCCCACAUUAAAGAGGAAGAGGAGGAACUCUGUAUCACUCAGGAGGGAGAUUGUGUUCCAGGACUGCAAGAGCCGGAUCUCACUGUUGUCACUGUGGAGACUGAAGGUGAUGAAGAGAAACCACAACCAGACCACCUCUCAGCUCCACCAUCAGAUAGUGAGUCUGAAGACGAGGAUGAAGGAGCUUGGAGCAGCGAUACAGACUGGGUGUGUUAUAUCAAGCCUCACACUGACAACAAACAGCCGAAACGGCCAAAAGAGAAGACGGAUAGAAAAUGUUCAGUUUGUGGUCGGGACUUUACUCGAAAGAGCAACCUGACUCUACACAUGAGAACGCACACGGGAGAGAAACCUUUCAAGUGUUUGGCUUGCGACAAAAGAUUUUCCCAAAAGGGCAACUUGACGGAGCACAUGAAAACGCACACGGGAGAAAAGCCGUUCAAAUGUUCAGUUUGUGGUCACAGGUUUGCUCAGAAGGUCACCAUGGUCGAUCACAUGAAAACACACACAAAGGUCAAAUCUUUUUCUUGUUCAGUUUGUAGUAAAAUAUUUAUUUACAAGGGAUAUUUCAUCAGACACAUGAAAACGCAUACAUCAUAAGUAUAGUUGGAAACAAAUCAUUUAUAGGGCAAAUAUUGAGCUUUCUUUUUGGCGCUGUCCUCAAAUCUAAACAUCAGACAUGGAAAUGAUCAGCUGGACUCUCGAUUGCUGCGGGGUACGUGAGAGAUUCCUGGGAUAAAUGGAGAACCAUGUGCCUCUCAGUCCUUUCCACCGAGGACGUGGAAGACAUCUACCCAUUUGUAACCGUGAUCGCGGGGCACCUGCUGAUUGGGCUGGGCAUUGCUCUGGUGUUUGGUCAAAUUCGUAAGACGAUGGCAGCCACUCAAGGAGCCCAAAGGCUGUUCGUCGCAAUGGAAGGUUUGGGCCGGGCUGUGGUAUCACAGACUGUGGAGAUUUCAUGGAGAAGCUUGCUGAAAAGGAAAAUUGAAUUGAAUAUGACAGCAGCCAGCAUGGACCAAUAGAACAGACAAGUCAUUGUAUUGUCUGCUCGCGGAAAACAAACAUCCUAAUCUACGAUUUGACUCCCUCGAAUGGCCUUGACGCUGUGAACAACAUGACCAGGCUGUUCUGAAAACACCCCCGAGGACACCUCAAUGAUGGACGCUUUUGACCUCCCUCCCUCCGCAACGACACCCGGAGUCGAACUUUUGCAGAUCGGCCUCAGUCUAUGAACAUUACAUCAUCACACCCAAGACAAUUGGGCACAUACACACACCCCCCCACCACCGCUUGUUUCCCCUCAGGGUGAUGGUCGGCUGGCAGCGCUUCAUAGCAGCAGUCGACCUCCAGGGUCCCAACUCCCCGCCCCUCUGUUGCGAGUUGUCGUGAUUAAAUGUAACGUGUUUAUGUGUGCAUUGCAUGGAGGUUUUUUCCCACUCCAGACUAGGCCCCCUUAGGAGCCCAGUCUAGAUUGUAUUUUUUUACUCAUCUUCUUCCCCAGCGUUUUACCUUUUUUUUAAAAUCUUUUACGGUGCGCCUUUGGCGACCCAUCAGCGUUCCUGUUCUGUAACCCUGCACACUGUUUGUUUGUCUCAUCUUGAACGGGUUUGUGCUGAAAACAUAGUUUUGUUGUACUUGUGCAAUGACA